AUGUAUAGAACGUUACUACUACUGCUUCUUUCGCUGACCAGUGUAUCUAACGGCCAGAAAGUAAAAUGUGACCAGACACCGCCGCAGGCGACGGUGCGCACGCCAACCGAAAAUAAGGGCAUUUAUCGGAUGACCAUCAGUACGAAAGGGAACGAUACGAAUAUUUACCGUCCUGAUCAAACUUACGUUUUAAAACUAACAACAAACAACUCGACACGACCAUUCCGUUGGUUCAUGAUAACUGUGGAGGAUCCUGAUGUAGACGGUGCUAGUUCUGAGUUUGACCCCAAGCUGAUAAACGUUGGCAGCCUGAAGACCAUAGACACCAAUAAGAUGUCCCGCUACAGCGAACGAUGUUACAAUUCAGUGGAAAACACUGAUAAUUCUGAUAAAUAUAAAGUAGAGAUCCACUGGGUAUCGCCGAAGCAAAGCGGUAGCAAACAAAAGGUGCGUCUGCGCGCUAUGGUCGCUGAGAACGAAGAAGUAUGGCACAUCGGGGAGAACCUGACGAUCUAUUUGGAGAAAGAUGACCGUCGCCCUUUGGACAGUCCUCCUUACUUGGCGACAGACUCUUGUAAUUUGUGCAGCGAAGCACAGUAUGAGGGCCGUUGGUCCCGAAUGACACAUCCACGUUAUUACCCGAGCAGACCGGACGACAACGGGUACAGUCACAUGAUUGGGGCGUCGCAUUCUUAUUCGCAUAUCGUGUGGCAACCAGGAGAUAAAGCAUCUCCUGGUUUGAAACAAUUAGCUGAGGAAAGUGAUAUAAGCGUCAUUGAGAGAGAAAUUAUUGAUGCUAUGUCACCUCAAAACGGUACAAGGACGUUAAUCAUUGGAACCCGUCGCUACCACCCCUACAUGUCAGAACCGUCCCACUCCUUAUUUCGAGUUGACAGAAUUCAUCAUCUCUUCUCAAUGGUGGUGGCUAUGAAGCCCUCACCCGAUUGGUUCUUGGGCGCGAGCAGGUUUGAACUAUGUACCAAUGUUGGCUGGUUGGAGCAAUCGGAGAUCCCGUUGUUCCCAUGGGACGCUGGAACUAUGGAUGGAAUUUCCUAUGAGUCCCCUCCAUCCAUAACUCAACCGGUUGAUGCCGUCGAUCGAGUCGCAGUGGGUUCGUUCAAUAAGGAAUCUCCAUUCUAUCAGAUGAAUUUGAACGAGCUUAAGCCAUUUGCCCUCUUACAAGUCAGAAGACUAAACGUAUACCCACUAGUUGGAAUGGACUGUAAUGAAGAGGCAUCCAUCUCUGAAGAUGAAAAAGAACAGCGGGAGGACAAUGUUGACGAAGAGCUUGAGGGUGAUGAACCGAGACUGCUAGAAUCGAAAGUGGCCCAAAAUUGUGCACCAACUGAAUGGGGUGACUGGUCCGAAUGUGUCCCAGACGUGGGGAAUUGCGGUAUUGGGACUCAAGUUAGACUACGGCAAAAACAGAAGAAGGUGUUUUAUGAGAGUUAUCAGGUGGAUAGCGAUGACGAUGACGGCUCGUGCGCAUCUGACUCACACGGAACGGAACAGUUUCAGCGUUGUUAUGUUGCAUGUUGA